CAAUCACGUGUCGGAAUUUUAAAAAGUCAUAUAAGGUUGAGUUUUCUCAGCAGUUCGUGAGCUCCGACGUUUGACGGACAGAUUUCACUCAUUUCAAUUGAGGAAUUUUCUAUUUUGUUUUUCACACUUAUAAAAACGUUCAGGACUGUCAGGGAUAAAACCUGCACACGGGGCGCACGAGCCCAAAUACAUUAGUAAUGCACCAAAAUAAUAUCAUUUCAUUAGAGACUUAUAUGAGCUAUUUGUGCAAAGCUUAAGCUUUCCACCUCCAUGCUCAGGUACAUUGUGUGUGGAAGUGUAAAUUAGGCAAAUACUAUCCAUCUAUCUACUGAGAAUGCCUGCAAAAUCCUGCACAUUCCUCCCUUUUCCCGGUAAAUAGACAUUAAUGCAUCGUUCUUACACGUGGAGAUGCAGAUAUUAGUUGUUAUCCCUCUCCGCUCUGUGUUUUUGACGGUAAACGCGGGCCUCCCGGUGCCCAUUACCGGAGCUGCCAGAUGAUCGGUACGGAAUGGAGGUCCCAUGGGACACUGAACACGUGGUCUCGGCUGCCACAAGACGUCAGCGGCAGAUGGCAUGGGUACCCGCUGUUGGCAUGAGUGUCAUUCCUCAAAGAGAGAGGGAAGGGGAAGAGUGAGAGAGAAAGUGGGAGAGAGGGAGAGGAAGAGCGGAUCACAGCGAGGCGGAGGAACGAGGGUGCGCAGGGUUUUUAAGCUCUUUCCUGAAGGUUUUUUCUUUUUUUUAAUUGUGGUUUGCGAGAGGAGAAGCUGCGGCGCAGAUUCAGAGGAGGUAUUUGGGAAAAUGAUCGACACACGCUGACCAGAGGAAAUAUGUUGACACUGCCGUUCGAGGAGCAUAAUAUGAUGCGCGAGCCGCGGUUCGGGGCCAAUUAUCCACGUGAAAGCUUACCUGAGAGCCUGGAGCAGGAACGAAAACACGGCCAAGACAGGUCCGCCUCAGACAUGAGGGAGGCCGAGGACGACAUCUCCGACAGAGAGGAGGAGGAACGGGACGAAGAUCAGGACGAGAACGGUCUUCACAAAAAGCGCGGCCCGCGGAAAAAGAAACUCGCCAGGGAGCAGGUGGACCGGGCCAAACUACGGCGCCACGAAGCCAACGCCCGAGAGCGCAGCCGGAUGCACGGCUUGAACGACGCGCUGGAGAGCCUGCGCAAAGUUGUCCCGUGUUACUCCAAAACUCAAAAACUGUCCAAGAUUGAGACCCUCAGACUUGCUAAAAACUACAUCUGGGCCCUGUCGGAGACGCUGAGCGCGGGGAAGAGACCGGACCUCCUCGCCUUCGUGCAGACUUUGUGCAAAGGAUUAUCGCAGCCUACGACCAACCUGGUGGCCGGUUGUUUGCAGCUGAACGCGAGGAACUUCCUCACAGACCACAACGGGGAGGUCGUGUUCUCUGGCAGGUCGCCCUACGACGCCAUGUACCCGUACCCGGGCACAGACAUGAACACGCCCCCCGGCCACAGCGGCAGCAGCUUGGACAACAGCGCCAAGCCGUACCGACACUACAGCUACGGCGGCGCCUACGAGCCCUUCUACGAGAACCCGUCCCCGGAGGCCGGGAGCCCGCAUUUCGACGGCCAGCUGAGUCCACCGAUGAACUUUAACGGGAUAUUCUCACUAAAACACGACGACCCGCCAGACUACGGCAAGAGCAGCCACUAUGGCAUGCGCUACUGCAGUGCGCCAGGACGCACGGCUCUUGCGCACAACUCCAUGUACCGAGUCUCCCCAGAGGCCCGUUUUCCCUACGAUCUACACGUCCGCAGUCAGUCCUUCCAAGCACAAGGGGAAGUUAAUGGCUCUUUCCACAAUUAAUCAGUGAGCUGGACAAAGUUCAAGUUUCAGAAGCGAUGCAAUUUCCCCCCACAGUUGUUGGACGAGUUGAGCGAAAUGGACACAGACCUGCUGAUGCGCUGCAGAAAUCCCCAUUUAAAACAUGUUGUGUUUUCCAGUUUCUUUGUUUGUUUGUUUUUUUGAAACAGGAUACGGGCCAGUAGCUUAGACAAGAGAGCUUCACCACUUUCUAUUUUUUUGUGCUGAUACAAGACAGAAAAAAAGAAACCGCGAGAACGUUUUUGGUUUGUUGAAUGUAGACGAACUUAAUGUGUGCGCCGAUAUUUUCCGUGAUUUCCGAGAAAAUUAAGAUUUAAUGGCUCAGUUCCAAGUGUUUGCUUCCAAAAACUCUGAAAUAAUUCGCCGAGGAUGCAUAUUCCGAGCAGAUUAUUUGCUGUUACAGCACAUUAAUUCUGUGUGUUUGUUAAUGGCAGUGUUGCAGAUGUUUUUGAGUAAGAGGUUAGAUAAUGCUGAUACGCUGAAGUGAGAAAUUAAUUCUAUUUUCGGGUCGUUUAAAAGCUUCGCCGCAGUCACUAAAUUGAUUUUCGGGGGCGAAAUGUGAUCACGUCAAUGAAACAGGAAGAAACUGAAGACGUUUCACUUCAUCAGGGAAGUUUGCUGAGACACGAUUGGAGUUCAGAGAUUCAGUCCGUUAGCAAUAAAGGUCAAUUGAGCUAUGCAAGGCAGCAAAUGCAAUCUUUGCUCACUAAACAUGAUACACAGUGUGUCUGCUCCUUCUCGCAAGGCGUUUCUCGUGAUCUGAGGUCAAAUUGAAAAAAAAAAAAUAAUAAUAUGAAUUUGGAGGAAAUGUUUUAGUUCGGAGACGAGUGCGAUGUGUGUCGCAAGGAAUUUAUGGGGAAUUAAAAACAAAACAAAAUGCGUUCCUAUUUGGAGUAAAUAGUGUGGUAACAAGGUGAAUGUAAAUUAUUAUUGUAGGCUAUUUAUUUAUUUAAGCUUAUUUAUUAUAAGUCCGUCAAUUUGAAUGUGAAUAAUAUAUUAUAGGAAAAAAAAAAUAUUGUAAAACAAAAAAAUGAGCAGUGUUCAGUUUUAUGUGAUUUUCCACGCGCUGAAAGUUUGUUUAUGUUGCAUUGUUGUAUAUUUCAACCCAGCUGAAAGUCGAGCUCUGGAUGGAGGGAACAAAAAAAAAAAAAAAAGCAUUUUGUGUCAGGUGGACACAAUGUUUUGUUUUCACUAUAUGAAUCCGAACAACAUGCCUUAAAAAAAGAGAUGGUGGCCAUCAAUAUGCAACGAGAUGAAAGUUUUGGAUAGUUUGAUGUAAACUUUUUACACUUCCUUGUUGCUGCGAGGAGCAACUGUGAUGCACUUCAUGUAUUCCUGCACAAUGUUGGUGACUGUGCUCAUAAAUUCUGUUGAUUUUGUAACUUUAA